AUGAGCCAGGGGCAGCCGAGGAGGCCGUCCGGCCACCAGGAGACGAGCGGAGAGCAGGGCGCCGUCCGCUACGGCGACGUGUUCCCGGCGGUGAGCGGGGGCCUCGCGGAGAAGCCCGUGGCGCCGCAGGACGCGGCCACGAUGCAGUCAGCGGAGAACCUGGUGUUCGGACACACGCUCAGGGGCGGACCGGCGGCAGCCAUGCAGUCCGCGGCCACCGCCAACGAGCGCAUGGGCGCCGUCGGGCACGACCAGGCCACGGACGCCACCGCCGUGCAGGGCGUCACCGUCUCCGAGACCCGCGUCCCGGGCGGCCGCAUCGUCACCGAGUUCGUCGCGGGUCAGGCCGUCGGCCAGUACCUCGCGCGGGACGACGAUGGUGCCACGGCUGGUGGAGGCGCCUCUGCUGGCGCGGUGGAUAAGGAUACGACGAAUGUGACGAUCGGCGAGGCGCUCGAGGCGACGGCGCUUGCGGCAGGUGACGCGCCGGUGGAGCGCAGCGACGCGGCCGCCAUCCAGGCGGCGGAGGCACGCGCCACGGGGCUGGACGCGAACGUGCCCGGCGGCCUGGCCGCGCAGGCGCAGUCCGCCGCCGCGGGCAACGCGUGGGCGUGGCGCGACGAGGACAAGGCCACGCUCGGCGACGUCCUCGCGAACGCGACGGCGAGGCUGGUGGCAGACAAGCCGGUGGAGAGCGCCGACGCGCUGGGGGUGGCUGGCGCGGAGAACCGCAACAGGGACGACGGGACGGCGAGGCCAGGAGGCGUGGCCGCGUCCAUGGCUGCGGCCGCACGGCUCAACCGUGACGAGGCGGUCUGGGAGUGA